UUUUUUCCCAUAUAAAACCAUCAAACUCCUCAUUUUCAUCCCUUUCUCCGCUCAAUCUCAUCCCCAAACUAGUCCGCAUUCACCAUGGACCCGCCGCCACCCACCACAAUCACCCAAACUCCCACCAUCAUCACCACCGUUCAAAAUCCACCGUACCCAGAUUCCAUCGACUCUUCUCCACGCUCCCUUCCAUCCUUCGACGAUCCUUUCCCUCCUUCCUCCAAUAACAAACUCCGUCUUAUGUGCAGCUAUGGCGGCCACAUAGUCCCUCGCCCUCACGACAAAUCCCUCUGCUACGUUGGUGGUGAUACUCGCAUGGUAGUCGUUGACAGAUCUUCGUCUUUCCCCGAUCUUAUUUCACGUCUCUCCAAAACCCUCCUUAAUAACCGACCUUUUACUCUUAAAUACCAGCUUCCUAAUGAAGAUCUUGAUUCUCUUAUCACUGUUUCCACUGAAGAGGAUCUUGAUAACAUGAUUGAUGAAUAUGAUCGUUUACUGGGUAAUUCUUCUGUUGGGAAAUCAUCGAGGAUUCGUUUGUUUUUGUUCCCGGUUAAACCUGAAGGGUCUACUUCUAUUGGGUCGAUUUUGGAUGGGUCUAAUAGAUCCGAGGAUUGGUUUUUGAAUGCUUUGAAUGGUGCUGCUCAGCUUCAACGAGGGUUUUCGGAUCCUAGUUCGGUGAAUUGUUUGUUGGGUUUAGAAGAAAAUGGAAUUGGGUUUGUGAAUUCACAGAUUAAUGAUUGUAAUGCUAAGAAUACCAGUAUGAAUUCCAAUUCUAAAGAGGAUGGAGAGAGUGUUAAUCACGCUAAAGGAAAAUUGGGGAAUCUUAAUCAAAGUAAUUCGGAUAUCCAUUCGGUUCCAGAUUCUCCUAUUAUCGAGAAUAAUUCUUCGUUUGGAUCCACAUCUUCGUCGCCUUCCUUAGCAAAUCUGCCGCCAAUUAGGGUUCAUGUGGAUGAUGGGAGCGUUAGUGGUGGUGGAGUUAGGGUUUUGGGUGGGAUUGAGGAGCAGUUCGCUCAAAUGGGGUUAAAUGUUCAGAAACAGCUGGUGGUUGAUGAUCAAGGCAAUUCUGCAGUCAUAUCACCGCCAUCUACCGCAAUUGUUUCUAAUGUUGCUGCUGCCGUGAUGGGUGGCGGGGGCGGUGAUUUCGUCAAUAGGGCUUAUUCGGAUGACGAGAGAUCGGAUCAUGGGGUACCUGUUGGUGGUAGGAAGGUGCAGCAACAGCAGCAGCAGCAGCAGCAGCAGAUGCUCCAGCAAAUGGCGAUGGCUUCACAAGUACAUCAAAAGUUCUCACAUGGUGGUGAAUUGAUGUCACCUGAUUCUGUUUCUAGCGACAGUAGUUUCUCGAAUGUGAUCUCUCGCCCAAACCCCGCCAUGUAUCAAAAUCCCGGUGCUCUAAUAGCAUCCGGAAGCAACAGGCUCCCCCCAAAUGUGAUCGAUCCAAAUGCCCAAAUUCCGAUUCAACAAGUUUCUGAAACUGGGUAUGUACUGCCUCCUCAAUUCGAUCAACAGCAACUGUUCCCGCAACAAUUGUUUCAGCAACAGCAACACCAGUUGCAGCAGCACCAACAGCAACAACACCAGCUGCAGCAGCUCCAACAGCAACAACACCAGCAGCAGCAGCUGCUACAGCAACAGCACCAACAGCAGCAGCAGUUGGCACAACACCAGCAGAACCCGCAAGCCCAACCCCAACAAUAUGUUCCAGCAGGUACACACUUUGUGCAUCACCCUGCUUCAGGAGGCGUGCCAAUCCAAGCAUACUAUCCUGUAUAUCCUCAGCAAACACAACACCAUCCUCAUCAAUACCCCGUUUAUUACGUCUCUUCUGGCCAAGCUCAAGGUUACAGCUUACCAAAUCAUGGUGAAGCUGUUAACUCUAAUCCUUCUGUUCGACCCCAAACCCUGCCAAAUCCUACCAUUAUCACAAACUCUUCAGCACAUAACCCUACUAGGAAUGCAGCCCCACUUAAUCCUGAAAUGGCUCCUCCUGUCUACAGAACUACUGCUGGACCAGGUCCGCAGUUUGUUCAAGUUCCUCCUAGCCAGCCUCAACCCUCUCAGGCACAUCCUCAAUCCUCUCAAGGACAGCCUCAACCCUCUCAAGCACAGCCUCAACCCUCUCAAGCACAGCCUCAAGCCCAAGCCCAAGCCCAAGCCCAAUCCCAAGCCCAGCAACAACAACAGUUUGUGGGUUACUCUCAGAUUCACCCAUCUCAGUCCAUCGCUCCCAAUUCAACUGGUGGUGGCGGUGGUGGUUAUGCGUAUGAGUAUCCAGAUCCUUCUCAUGCUCAAAUAUAUUAUACUCAGCCUCUGCCUCCUUCCCUGGCUCCUCAAUAUCAAGGUGUGACAUCAGCUCCUGCAAUGGUUAUGCCAGAUGGAUCUUCUACUCAGCUUCCUACUGAAAAUGUGAAGCCGCAAAUCCGGAGCUCUCAACCGUUGUAGGUUAGUUUUGGUAUCACUGAAACAAUUUUGAAGCAACCGUAUUCGUAAUUGUUAUACCUUAAAAAAGUAUUUACUGUUUAUUUUUCGUCUUUUAUUAUUUUUUAUAAGCAUUGGUGUGGUGUGUAUUUUCAUAUAGGAGAAUAAGUAUUUGGGGCUUCAUGUAUCUGAUAUCAUCUCCAUUUCAAUGCCAAGUACAUAGAAGUGAACUGAGACCAUACUGUAAAAGCUCAAAUUUAUUAUAUUUCAUUGUGA